AGCAUUCGAGGCAUGUGGGACGAAGCUGGGAAGCGAUUCCUGGCCCGCACGCAAAAGUCUCUCGAUUUGAAGCCCCCCAAAAAUAUAGACGACAUUCGGGAGAUGAUAGAACGCCGAUACGAUCCCUCAUCUCCAGCAGACUCAGACGGAAGCCAUGAACGAGCUAAGCGGAUCGGUCUAAACAUCUUGUCGUGUUUGAAGCUCCUAGGCGGAGUAGCAGCUCAAGGUGCCGAGCUGGUGUUCCAACCCGCGGGUGUUUGCUUUAACGCCAUCUCUCUGCUACUCGAUGUACCACAGUCGAUCCACGAGUUUCACGGUACAAUUGACGCCGUCUUUGGGAUUGUUGGCCCAACCCUUAGCCAGUUCAAGAUUUACGAGAGGAUCGAAUUGUUCAAUACUAUCGAUCCGGAGCUAAAUACUGCCAUUCACAAGGUUAUGAUCAGUUUUGUCGACAUCUGUGCUCUCUCAAUAGUACUUCAGAAGGGUAGCCGGUGGAAGAGGAUCAAGGCAGCAACGAAGCAGGCCUUGCUGAACGACGACUCUGGCCUGAAAGAUGAGAUUGACCAAUUUGAGAAGCUUGUGCAGGGGCAGCAGAAUGUUCAAGCAACCUUGACUUUGGAGGUGGCUCUAAGCAACAAAGCAGACCUUGCUACCAUCUUGGGCAAAGCCUCUGAGACGGGCAAGAGGAUCGAUGACAUUGCGAUUGGCAUCCUCGACUUGAAAGAGGCGGAGACGAGUCGUAGCAUGGAGAAAUCGAGGCAAGAAAACCUCACAAAGAUCCGAACCAAGUUUGCCAUUGAUGAGAAAAACAUCAAAGCCUCCAAAGAUGUCUGCGAGAAGAUAUGGCAAAGGUGCAUAACAGACAGUGGAAGCUGGCUCCGGGAUAUGGAUGAGUACAAGAAGUGGUCCGAUAAGACUGUUAUCGAUGCAAACCCAUUGUUGCUGCUGACUGGUGAAGCGCACUCGGGAAAGUCAAGCGCCAUGUCGAACAUAGUCCACGAUCUCAAGGCUGCCCAUGAGUCCCAGGGUCAAUCGACUGUCAGGGCCCUGGUUGCGUAUUAUUUCUUUCCCUUCUUCUCUCGAAAAGUAGACGAUGACAAGCGACCGGCUACCACUGCGGUGAAGCACAUUGCGUUCCAACUUGCCGAGCAAGACUCUGGCACUGCCAAAAGCAUGGCCGCCUUUUGCGACGACAAACACAAUGAAUCAUACUUUCGAGACUCGAGUUGCAAAGAUCUCUGGCGCGAGCUGAAGAUUGGGACUCCGAAACCGGGAACCAUGCACUUCAUCAUUAUUGAUGGCCUGGAUGGAUUGUACGAAGGGCAUCCUGAAGCCGCGACUCACUUUCUAGAUAUUUUCGAAACGAUUCAGAGCCAGACAUCAACGAGCACCGACGGAACCCGAGUACGACUGAUUGUGAGUGGAAAAAGCGAUAACUUUCAAAGAGAGUCUCUUCAGUCGGCUCCAAAUAUCGAGAUUGAGAAGUACAACGGUCCAGAUAUCACGUCGUAUAUCUACGAAGAGUUGAGAAAGACAAAUCUUCUACAAGGAGAAGAGUCUGAAACAACUCGCCUUCGAACAAAAGUUCACGAUCGCCUACUAGAAGAGGCCAAGGGGAACUUUCUUAAAGUACAGACUGCGCUGGAGAAGAUCAAAGACUUGAUCAUGUCGGAUGGUUCAGAAGCAGAGAUGGACACCAUUCUGAACGAAUCUAACCAGGAUAAGAGGACAAUCUCCGAAAACGUAGUCAGCGAACUACAACAGUCUCUUAAGCCGCAGUCCAUAGAGGAACUCAACGAGCUUCUUAUAUGGGUCAUAUUUGGCUUUGAAUACUUCGACGCCACUGAGCUGGAAGCUGCACGGUUCCUUCGCUUUGGAACUGUCUCCCUGCAGAAACUCGAUGACAAGCUGAAAGGCAUGUAUUCCAAGAUCUUCUUUUCUUUCUACGGAAAGGUGGCGAUAUUACCAUCGAUUGAGCCCCUCAUUACCAAAGAAAGGGACCGCCCAAGGAUCAGCGAAGAUGCGCCCAAAAUUUCCCUUAACCUCACCAUCUCUAAUGGCGACAUUACAACUGUGCAAAACUUUCUCUGGAGUCUCUUUCAAAAAUCCAUGGUUGACAAAUUCGACUUUGAACCCAUGUCUGGCCCGACGCAUUCUGCUGCUCGGGAAAUCCAGGUCAAUGCGUAUGAUGCUCAUCUUGCUAUAGUGAAACAAAGCUUGCGAUUCCUCACAUCCCCACCAGAUGUUAGAACGGGGCCUUUAGGCUCAUAUAUGGUUAGAGAACUUCCUAGACAUUUGGAAAUGUUAAAUCAAGCUGUUGGCUACGACGAAAUCCUUGCAUCGGACAAGAAGGAUAUUGGAGACGGUCUUUUUGCUUUGUUUGUCUCUGGCGAUGUAUAUGAGAAACACUGGGGCCGCUUUUACGGAAUCACUUGGUUCGGCGAAGGCGAAAAAAUUGAAAUAUUCCGAAAGUGGCUCAAGGACCCGGACGCAAUCGGUCACCUUGGCAGACUCGACAAAGACUGGCUCAGAACGGUGAAUACAAGUCAGAGGCCAAACCGACAACUUCUAACCCCUAUGAUGAAGACAAUUGCGCAGCACUGGCUACAGGAUAGAGAGUGGGAUGCUCAGGAAUGCUUCAGUGCUUUGCGCCUCUUUUUGCAACUGCAUGGAUUUUGUGCUCAAGUUCUACAGGAUCCGCUAGAUGAGCAGUCAUCUAAAGAAGAAUCAGGUAAUACGAUGACUGCCGUGGAAGAGCUGGAGAGAGCCGAAAAAUGGUGUGAAGAGAUCCUGUCUCCAAAGACCCUCGACUCUCUCUGGUACGAACGAGCGGGAGAAGCUGCCAGAUGGCAGCAUGAAUACGACUUGGCAAUCUCAAAGUUCACGAAAGCUGGCGAGUGCGCCAACCCAAGCCUAAGCUGCUUCAAGGGCCUGGCCGAAUCAUACUUCGAAAACGAUGAGCUUCUCUCCGCAUGCUCGUCCAUGGAAAAGGUACUCAAUAUGGUCAAGGAAGCCGAGCCACUGGAUAAAGACGAGUUGAUAAGCAUCUACCUACGCCUGGCAUAUUGGUAUAGCCAACUGCAGCAACCAGAGCGUGCUAUAACGCAUUACCAACAGGUAUUGGAGAUGGACCCAGCUAAUCAAGAUGCUCUCAGUGGCGUAUUAACCACCACUAUCACAUCAAGCGCCGAGCAAGCGACUCAUGAGCUGAUACUUAGUAUGAGCAAGCUAAACUCCAAAGAGCCAGGCCUUUAUCAACUGGCAUCGACUCUGCUCAAUCAAGGCCUCGAUUUCAGCUACAGUGCACCGCUGCGCAAUCUGGUCCAGAUUUGCCGUUCAAGUGAGGAUUGUGUGGCCGCCUUGAUUGAAGGAAUGGAUCAAGCAAUUGAGGCAGCGCGAAAACAGAAUUUAAAGAUUGAGCUUCUCGUGUUGCUGCUGCACCGCGGCUUGGCUACUCUUUAUAAUGACUGGCAAAAAUAUCGGCCACGGUCAGAAGCAUUAGUUUUCUGGAUUGAGAGCUAUACUAUCACAGACCAGUAUCUUAGGAAGGAGGACGACGAGGAUGAUCUGAAAUGGAGAUAUCAGGCCUUCUACGACACUAUUGUAAGCCACCUGAGCGAGUUUUAUUUUGAGCAGACCAAAAAGCUCCUGCCUUCUUAUGAUUAUUACUCCAAGUUGGAAAAUUUAAGGCAGGGUUUCCGCUUCUCUGGCAUUGAAGGGAUAACUGCAGCUGACACAUUCGUCGCUGUAUACCACACUCUUCAUGGCGAUAAAGCUACAGCUAGAGAAGUGGUGAAGCAGUACAUGCGGAUUUGCAUCGACAGCUUGUCUGAUGACACUGACGAGAAUGACUACUGGGCCGCGUACACUCAAUUUAAGUGUCUUUUGGCCUGCGGAGACUACCUGAACGCAUUGACGGCUUGGUCCCUGCUUGAACCUAUUGAAACGGAUAUAAUAGCAAGAACACUCAAUCAUGACACAGGGAUACAACAAGCGCUUAUUGACGAGAUGAUUUUAUUAGUCAAGGCAAAAUGUCCACUGGGAGCCACACAGAUUGAUAGGGUGAAUACAGUCAAGGCCGAACUGGAGGCACGACUGGCCGCAGCGCGCGAAGAAGGAGAUCAAUCUGAGAAUUCGGAAGCACAAGCGGAGAUAAAGAAGGCACUGGCGGUUUUAGAGUCGGAGUUUGGCUAUGCAUGUGACGGCACAUGCGGUGGUACCCCGUGGAACUUUAAUAAUGCUUUGCAUAUAUGCAAGUACUGCUGGGAUAUAGGUUUCUGUGAUGACUGCGUGUCUCUAUUGAAGGCCAACAAACUGAAGAAGAUCGUGUGCAGCCCCAGUCAUGACUGGUUGGCAAUCCCCAAGUGCAAUCCUAGGGGUAACACGGCAGCUCGGGAUGGUACGGUUCAGGUACGGGGUGAAUUGAUUGACGGUGUACGUGUCGGGGGUGAGACUGUGACGGUGAAGGAGUGGUUAGCUUCACUGAAGAAAGAGUGG